GCUAGAUCCAGCGAGUAUGGAGUCACGGUGUUGUCGGCGGAGGAGACACCGAAGAAGCUUUUCCACAGGACAUCCGCCAGCGGCAUGCAGCGUAUUCUCAAGGGUGGCAUUGUGCCUGGCGCAAAGUGCUCUGGACGUGCCCACUGUUAUUUCUCUGCCUACCGGCUGGAUGAGGCCAUUGCUGCUGGAUGUGAGUUCUUUGUCACCGACUCCGAUGGCACGCUCACAAGAAGCUUGAUUCCCCCGGAAUGCAUCAUUUCGGCAGUGGACACCUCCAAAAAGGAUCUUCCUCUCUAUGUUGCCGAAAGCUUUGAAGCCACCGUCACCGGUGAGCCCGAUCGCAGCUUCAGGGCCAAACGCGACUAUGAGGAGGCAGCAAGCUCAUCCAGCGCACCCACAAAGGCGAAGGCUCCGGUCCUGAGUUACACUGACAUGCAAGCGGUAUG